UCAGAAUAAACUAAUCUUUGCAAUAUGGCGAAGGUUUUGCUGUAUUUUCUGUUUGUUUUUCUGACAUGUCACAUUCAUUGGGCGGUUUACGGUGUUAAAAUAUUUGAUAUUAAAAGUGUUGAGAAAUGUCCAGUGGAAGAUCCGAUCGAUGGAGAUGUCCAACUGAUUACUAAUGAUAAGGGCGAAAAAUCCUUUAACAUGAGAUUAAAUAUAAACUAUGACUUAGAUGAAAAUUAUAAAGCGAUUCUGAAAACAUAUUAUUUGAAGAAUGGUAACUGGGUAGUACACCAAGAUUAUGAUGACCCAUGGUGCGAGCUUGUUCUCAAGGUAUCACAGCUUUGGGCUGUCGUUAAGUCAGCAACGCAACCAGCUCUGCCGGAUGGCUGUAAUCUUGCCGCAGGGGAAUAUGUCAUGAAAGAUUUACAACUCAAAGAGAGUGACGUUUCGUCGUACACAAUCAUUUUCGGGGAAGGAUCUUACAAAGGAAACCUGUUUCUGAGGGACGACGAAAAUAAAGAUAUUUUCUGUUUAACUAUUGAAUGCGAUGUUAAAGAGAAGUGAGGGGUUAAGGGUAAAAUGAUACUGAAUAAAUACUUAAAUGGAAAUAUUUUAACAUUGG